AUGGGUAUUUGUGCUUCGUGUUUAGGAAAGCGAGACAAAGCAAGAAGUCCUGAGGAGUCACCUUUGCUAACCCCAGAGAAUCAUGCAACAAGCUACGCUGACGCUCAGGCAGCAAAACAACAGCAAGAUCUGAAUGUGAUUGUGAGAAAGACCCACGACCGGUUAAUUGAUAUAAACUUUGUUGGAAGGCCUGAUAUGGAGAAUGUCGACGAGCCCAUCGAGGAGCUGAGGGAACAGCUGAAUGCCGUUGAGGGAACCAAAGUGUGGACAUGGCCUCAGCUGAUGGGCUUGAGCGAGGCCGAGGAUGCUAUUGUUUCGGCAGCUCUCGAGUGGGCUAAAAAAGCCCCAAUGCUGCAGUUGCCGUUCAAUCACUCAGAGUUAGUAGAAGAGUUUUAA